AUGGAGGACGAGAGUGACGACAAGGACGACACAAAAAGAAAAUCUCGAAACCUGAGUGAGAAGAAGAGGCGAGAUCAAUUUAACUCCCUAGUGAAUGAUUUGAGUGCGCUCAUAUCAACAUCAAAUCGGAAAAUGGAUAAGUCAACCGUACUCAAGUCGACGAUAGCAUUUCUGAAGCAUCACAACGAGGCUACCGAUCGUUCGAAAGUUUUCGAAAUACAGCAAGACUGGAAGCCAUCAUUUCUGACCAAUGACGAGUUUACGCAUCUUAUGCUGGAAUCGCUGGAUGGCUUCAUUAUAGUGUUUAGCGGUAUUGGUUCCAUAUGCUAUGCAUCCGAAAGUAUUACACCACUUUUGGGCUACUUGCCGAGUGACCUAGUGAAUAUGACCAUUUUCGAUUUAACCUACGAAAUGGAUCACGAAAGUCUGCUUAAUAUAUUCUUAAAUCCCAAACCGGUGAUCGAGCCGCUACAGACUGACAUCAACUCAAGGAAUCAAAUUACCUUCUAUUUGCAUUUAAGGCGUGGCGGUAUUGACAAAGUGGACGUCAAUGCGUACGAGUUAGUCAAAUUUGUAGGUUAUUUUAGAAACGAUGUGAGUCCGGAAAGCAUACAAGCACAAAAUACGCUUUCGCUGCCGCGCAUCUUUCAAAUGAAUCCCGGUGCUGAGGUAGACAAGAAGCUGAUUUUCGUUGGCACCGGCCGCAUUCAGACGCCCCAGCUGAUACGUGAGAUGUCCGCGAUCGAUCCCACUUGCAGCGAGUUCACCUCGAAGCAUAGCAUGGAAUGGAAAUUCCUCUUUCUCGAUCAUCGAGCGCCGCCCAUUAUUGGCUACAUGCCGUUCGAGGUGCUUGGCACAUCGGGCUACGAUUACUACCAUUUCGAUGAUCUCGAAAGCAUUGUCACAUGCCAUGAGGAGUUAAUGCAGAAAGGCGAGUGCAAGUCCUGCUAUUAUCGAUUCCUCACCAAAGGACAGCAAUGGAUAUGGCUGCAGACAGAGUUCUAUGUGUCGUACCAUCAAUUUAGCUCGAAGCCAGACUACGUUGUGUGCACACACAAAGUGGUUAGCUACGCAGAUGUCAUACGACAAAGUAAGGAUGGGACAAAAAUGGACAAGAGUUCGUCGAUCAACAAUAGCACCAGCAAAUCAUCAACUAUGACGCUGCGCGACCUCGAGACCAGCAACCCAAGCCUGGAUCCUUCCACACUGUCCGCGAGUGAUAGUGGUAAUGUGAUAUUGAGCAUGUUGAACGAAGCCUCGCCUACGCUGGACACAUCGCCGAUAUGGCCAAAUUCCUCCUCAACCACUGGCAUAACGCCCACCACUUUGAAGACAUCGCGUCCCGCCUCCAGCUAUGGUAACAUUAGCUCCACUGGAAUCUCGCCGACGGCAAAACGAAAACGUUACUUUUCGCACAGGCCUGGCAAUGAAUCUGACUCGACAUCUAUGUCUGCGGAUUCUGUAACUAGCAAGCAAUCGCUUAUGACGCAUUUGAGUUCGAGUCGACAACGCCAUGGUCAUAGCUCGGGCAUGCAAAUGUCUCAGAGCACAACACAUGCACAGCAGCUGGCCGCAGUCAAUCAACAUUCGCUGCCGCAGCAAAACUCAGCGCUGCAAAUGAGCCAAGCGCAAAGCCAACCGAAGAUCAUGCCGAUGCUGCCUCAGCAUACAAUGGCGCAGGCGCAAAUUGUCACGACUAACGCUUGCCAAUUCACGCAGCCCACUUUCCCGCUUCCCAGUUCACAAAUAGUGGGACCAACUUUUCUGGAACCCUCUCAGUACCUCGCCGCGAUACCGGUGCAGCCGGUAAUAGCGCAGUUUCCAGUUGCUCCGGUGCUAUCUCCGCUGCCCAUUAACGUUAAUAUGAACACCGCAACGCCGUGGAAAGCAGCAACACAGACACCGAAUAACGCUUUCGAUCAGCUGCAGAAUCAGGCCGACAUGAUUUCGGGUGCGGUGGUGAUGACACCGACCCAGACGCAGCUGCAGGAUCAGCUCCAGCGCAAACACGAUGAGCUACAGAAGCUGAUUAUGCAACAGCAAGACGAGCUGCGAAUGGUCUCCGAACAGCUGCUGCUAGCGCGCUACAAGCUACUGCAGCCAAUGUUGCCAAUGAAUUAUAAUACGCCCUCCAAUAACAACCGCGGAAGUUUCAACUUUGCCAGCGGCAACGCUAUGGAGCAACAAUUUAAUCAGUUCGGCUUCACGAUGAAUACUUCCGAGCAUCUGCAGGACGCGACAAGUCAGCAAAUGCUGAUGCAACAGCAACAGCAACAACAGCACCAACAUCCGCAGCAGCAACACACUAUGCAACACCUGCCGCAGCAACAACAGCAGCAAAUGCAUAACCACAAUCACCAGCAACAGCAACAGCAACAGCAACAGUCCGCAUUUCAGCCCACCAAUCUGCAUCAUCAGCAACAGCAGCAGCAGCCGAGUCAGCAACAACAAACUGCUCAGCUGCAACACGCGGCAAUCCAGCAGCAGCAACAAGCGCCACAGUCGCAGCUCCAGCAACAGCAGCAAUUAAAUCUCUUAUCUCGCAGUGUACCUGAUCUGGCCCAAUUUGGCCACGAUGACAUCGACGCGUUCUUCAACCUAUCGCCAUUGCCAACUAUGAGCAACACCACCCAGUCGACGCUUAAUCAGCGCAACAACAACAUCAAUACGGUGGGCAGCAGUAGUGGACAACAGCAACAGCAGGCGACGCUAAAUCAGAAUUUCAUUAGCGGUGCCAAUCCACCGCAAACCUCGAAUGACGACUCGCUGCUCACCUACAUGCAAAUGGCCACCGAUGCCAGCCCGACACUCAACUUCCCGAUGAGCAUCAGUGACGAUAGGUCUGAUUCGGCGCAUGGCGAUCGCAUCGACAACAAACUCAUGGGCAGCAAUCAGCCACUGCAAUCAGCGCAACAUCAAAUGCUGGCAACACACCAACAACAGCACCAGCAGCAGCAGCGUACCAACAAUUUCUUUCCCAGUAAUCCAUUCGAAGCGCUCGGCAAUCAAGUGACCACAAAUCAAUUACCAAACGAUCUGGAAAUAUUGCCUUACCAGAUGUCACAGGAACAGUCGCAGAACCUCUUCAACUCGCCGCAGUCCUCGAGAAAUAGUCAAUAACCUUAAGCUUUAGUUUUAGUUAGAUUAUUUGUAGUUGCCUAGAAAUAUUUAGUUGGGUGCGAAUGUGCGAGUGUGCCUGCUUUGUAAAUAGGGAUGUGAGCAAUUUUAGUAAGGUAAAGUUUAAAUGAGCAGUAUUGUGGAUUUCCUGCGGUAAAACGGGUCACCUCCUCCAGUACUUUGUAGUUGGACCCGUUUCAAUGCCCAUAAAUGGUGCAAUUUAUGAAG